AUGUCAGUUACUUUACAUACAGAUUUAGGUGAUAUUAAAAUCGAACUUUGUUGUGAUCAAUGUCCUAAAGCAUGUGAAAACUUUUUAGCAUUAUGUGGAAGUAAUUACUAUGAUAAUUGUCUUUUUCAUCGUAAUGUAAAAGGUUAUAUGAUUCAAACUGGUGAUCCAUCGGGAACAGGAAAAGGUGGUCAAAGUAUUUGGGGAGAAUAUUUUCCAGAUGAAAUCGAUCCACAUUUAAAGCAUAGCCAACGAGGUAUUGUCUCUAUGGCAAGUCGAGGUGCGGAUACAAAUGGUUCGCAAUUUUUUAUAACAUAUGGAAAACAAGCGAAUCUCGACGGAAAAUAUACUGUAUUUGGAAAAGUUAUUGACGGGUUUGAAACACUUGAUGAAUUAGAAAAAAUACCAGUGAAUGAAAAAAAUUAUCGACCUGAAACAGAUGUUCGCAUACAGCGUGUUACUAUACAUGCAAAUCCUUUAGCUGAUUAG